AUGAGUAAGAACUUCAUAGCGGACAAUAGAUUUGUGGUGCCUUACAAUCCUUGGCUUCUUCAGAAAUACGAUUGCCACAUCAAUGUAGAAGUUUGUUCCACUAUCCAAAGUGUUAAGCAUCUUUACAAGUACGUAUACAAGGGCCCAGAUUGUAUUUCCUUUCGAGUGCAACUAGUGCAGCCAGAAUCCGAGAAUAACGAGGUAACACGUUACAUCAAUGCAAGAUGGGUGUGUGCUCAAGAGGCAAUGUGGAGGAUAUACAGGGGUGCUACUUCAUACGAAAAUUUGUUGACAGUUGACUGCAGAAGAUAUCAGACAUUUAAAAGUGCAGCCGAGGCACGAGGAUUAUUGGAGAAUGAUAACAGUUUGAGGGCAUGUAUGGCCGAAGCAGCAACAAACAAGAUGCCAUCUGCUUUGAGAACUCUUUUUGGUAGCAUAUUGGUUUUCCGCAACUCGGUGGACACUAGAAAGUUAUGGUACGUGUUCUUCAAUGACAUGGUUGAAGAUUAUGCAAGUUCAAGUGAUACAAGCCCCGCAUACUUAUCAAACCGUCUUUUCAGGGAGCUGGGUCAAAUGCUUCAUCAACAUGGAAAGCGUCUAAAAGAUUAUGAUCUUCCGGCAAUUGUCGGCAUAUUAGACGAUAAUUUACAUGUGUCUGAUUUGAUGGAAGAGGAGGUAUCCAUUCUGGUUUUCGAAAAAGAUAUGAUGAAUGUGGACAAGUUGAAUGAAGACCAGUCCAAGGCUUAUGAUGCAAUUAUGGGUGUCGUCCGAAGAAAAGAAAGCAGAGUCUUCUUUGUUGAUGGUCCAGGAGGUACCGGGAAGACUUUUCUCUACCGUGCUAUUUUGUCGACCGUUAGAAGAAGUGGUGGUAUUGCCAUAGCAACAGCUACGUAUGGAGUUGCAGCUACUAUGUUACCUGGUGGAAGAACUGCACACUCGAGAUUCAAGCUCCCAUUUACCCCAGCAUCAACUUCUACAUGUGACAUCGCUAAAAAUGACAAGUUGGCUGAUCUUCUCCGUCAAGCUACUGUGAUUAUGUGGGAUGAAGCUACCAUGGUACAUAAGUAUUAUGUCGAGGCAUUCAAUACGACUAUGAGAGAUAUAACGGGUAACAAGAAACCGUUUGGUGGUAAGAUUGUUAUUAUGGGAGGUGAUUUCCGCCAGGUCGCCUCUGUGGAGAUAUGUAGAGGUUCUUCGCCUGAAGAAGAAUAUGCGUGCAGUGGGCAUACAUCUUAUUCUGAAUUCUUGAUACGAGUUGGUGACGAAAAUGAACCUUCUGCGGCAUAUGACAUGAUAAAGAUGCCAGAUGAUAUGGUGAUACCCUGGACUGGUGAAGAUUCAGUGUCCCAGCCGAUAGAUGCUACCUUUCCCGACUUGGCAGAUAAUUCUGAGGAUCAAGAUUACUUGCUUAACCGGGCACUUAUCACACCACUGAAUGAACAUGUCGAUAAGUUAAAUGAUCAAGUGGUUAGCAUGUUUCCCGGACAAGAGCAUACGUAUUAUUCAUUUGAUUCCGUGGAAGAUGAUUUCCAAAACCUCUAUCUUCAAGAACAGUUGAACGGAAUGGCCCCUGGUAGUUUACCUCCUCAUGAGUUGAAACUGAAGCUAGGAGCACCCAUUAUGUUACUGAGGAAUGUUAGUGCCUAG